ACCGAAACAGGAUAUCGAGGGCCUUGGCUUUGACCCGAUACAUUGCUUAUCUUUGAGACUUGUCUCAGGAGGCACCUACCACUGCAUAGCACCUUUGGCGCGAAGCACAGCCCUCUUGUGUGAUGAUGUCGCACCGGCUGCAUCGCCCCCACAUAAGACGGCGAGGUUCAUCUUGGUUUGAGUUGUAGAGACUCCUACCAGGAGCAGAAACUCUGAGUGGGAGAUAGUGUUCGUUUGUCGAUAUUAAGCUGCUUUGCCCCGCACCUCUCAGUCUCCAAGCAUGUGUGUAUCUCUUGCUAUACCAGCAGCGCUUCCAAGAUCAUCAUGUCAACCGCAUUCGUACUUACAGGCCUUCAGGAUGCCAAAGUAUCGAGGCCCGUCUUCAUGGGAGUCCUAUGGACCUUCACCGCAUCCUCGACGAUCUUCGUCGUCGCUCGCAUCGUCAUCCGCCUGAAAACCUUUCGACGGCUCUUCGUCGACGACUUCUUCGUGCUCCUGGCCUGGAUACUUUCUGUUAUCACCGGCAUCGUCUGGCGGAUCGAAUCCCCAGUGCUCUAUGAGAUGUAUGCGCUCAGCGCCGGCAAAACGCCCUUGACGCCGGGCGUCGUCCCUCGAUUGAAUGCGCUGAUGCGAUUCGAAGCCCCAUUCAUGUUUCUCUUCUACACCACCCUCUGGUGUGUCAAGUUCUCUUUCCUGACUUUCUUUUACAAGCUGGGAUCCAAAAUCCAGACCCAUCGCAGAUGGUGGUGGGUUGUCUCCGUCAUCACCCUGGCGGUCUGGGUGAUUUCAGUCGGAGACAUUGACUACCAAUGUAGCCUGGGAGGCGUGGAGUUUAUCUUCGAUCAAUGUAACAAGCCCUACCACAUCCGCUGGCAGAACGGGACCUUCUGGGCCAACUGCGCCGGCGACGUGAUCACCGAUCUUCUUAUCCUCUCAAUUCCCAUCCUCAUCGUCUGGAAUGUCCGGAUCUCCCUAACGAAGAAACUGAUCCUCCUCGGCAUUUUCGCCGCGAGCAUGGUCAUCGUGGCCGUGGCCAUUAUCCGCGUCUUCACUAACCAUGCUCUCGACCACAAUAUGGAUAUGACCUGGCUGUGGAUGUGGAGUUUCAUUGAGAUGGGCACCGCGAUCAUGAUCUCCUGCGUCGCCUCCUUCCGCCAGCUCUUCGUCACCUCCCAGAACCAGCACCUCUACGGUCACUCGGCUUAUCACCCGGGCAAUCCCCUGCUCUCAGCCAUGCGGCUACGGCAGACCAGAUCUCAGGCUGCCAGCAAUAAAAGCUGGCGCGGGUACGAUAGCGGCUCCCACAAGAGCGAGAUGGCUUUCGUGGCGGUGGACCAGGUGCAUUCUCGGGAGCAGGGCGAGGCCGCCAGCAUCCGAACGGAGAGUGAUGCAGGUAGAGGGCGGUUUAUUGAGCAUGUGGCUGUAUAGCCUGCCAUUGCUGCUGGGGCUUGGAGCUUGGGUGCUGGCUUCGUAAGGUAUGAUAUGUAGUAUGACGUAUGAGCUGAAUGUGAUUUAAUGUUAGGCUUGAUGGUUGAGGGCCUGCUGUCUUUACAUAUGGGGCAUUUCGCGGUGUGGACUGCCUUGGCUCAUUUCAUUUCAAUUGGAGAGCUUAUAGAUGUG